AUCAAGCAUUUGAUGAUAUGCGUCGUCUUGAAUUAAUGAAUAAUUUAAUACAAAAAGAAAAAUCACUUGCUAAUCAAACUAUUUUUGAUACAUCAAUUGCUGAUACAAUUCUUUCAAAUCCAAAUCAUUAUCAUUAUUUUUUUAAAUAUUUUAUGUCAUUAUCAUCAGUUUUUAGUAUUAAUUUUGAUCGACAAUUUUUUCAAUCAUUUAUUAAUUCAAUUGAUAAACAAAAUGGUGAUAUGAAACUUAUUGAUAAAGGUUUUCAAUUAUAUCAUUUUUUAUAUCAAUAUGGACGAUAUGAAUUAUGUCGAAAAAUUAUUGAACAUAUUGUACAAGUUUUAACAAAACAAGUUAAACAGCAACAACAACAACAACAACAAAUUAUAGUUUGGACUUAUUUAUUUCGAGCAUGUUGUGCACUUGUACAAGUUCAUAAUCAAGGUAUGGAAAUAAAAGAAGCAUGGGCAAGAAUUGAAGCGGCAAAUGAAAUUUCAGAUAAUUUAAAAACAACUGAGAUAGAAAUUAAUAAUAAUGAUCAUGCUUGGUUACAUUUUACAACAUCUCAAACAGCAUAUGAAGAUGCGAAUUUUGAUGCUUGUAUUCAAUUUUGUUAUAGAGGUCUUAAAUCAGUUGAUAAAGAAAAUCAUUUAUUAAUUGUCGAUUUACUUUGUUCAUUAACACAAGGAUUAACAGCAAAAUGGAUUAUGAAUAAAGCACAAUCAACAGCUGUUAUGGCUGUACAAUAUGCAGCAAAACAUUGUGGUCAAAAUAGUCCUAAAUAUGUUUAUGCUCUUCAUCAACUUGUUCAAUUUUCUAAUGAAUUUAUACAAGAUCUAAGUUCUGUUGAAUUAGCACAAUAUGCAUUUGAUCGUGCUCGAACAGUUUAUGGUUGUGAAUCAUUACCUGUUGCUCAUGCUCAUCGAGCAUUAUCAAAAAGUUUAAUAACACUUGCUUCAUUAACAUAUUCUCGUCGUCCUGCACAUGAAAAUAAGAAAAAACAAGAUCCUUCAGAAACAAAUUAUCUUCAUCAUGCUAAUGAAGCUUAUCGUAUUGCACAAGAUUGGUUUGGUGUUGAAGAUCGUGUUCGUUUAUUUCCAUUUAAAAUGAGUCUUGCACAUGCCUUACAAUCACGUUUAUCAGCUGAUACAAAGGAAAAUAAAGAAACAUAUUUUAAUGAUGCUUUGGAAUUAUUAGAUGAUUGUCUUCAUAUUGCACAAAAUAUAUUUGGAACAAUGAGUUUUAAAGUUGCACAAGUCCAUCGACUUCGUUCAGCAACUUAUUUAAGUAAAAAAAUGUAUCAGGAAGCUGAAGAACAAUUAAAUAUAUGUUUACAAAUAUAUAAACUUUGUUUACCACCAAAUAGUUUUCAUUAUCUUGUAACAAACGCAAGUUUAGGUUUAAUUUAUAAACAGCAAGGCGAUUAUAAAAAAGCUUUACCACUCUUUCAAAAUAUUUCAAGAUCAUUAGAUACAGUAACACAAUCAUUUCGUUGGAUAAAUAUGGUUCUUGAAAGUCUUAUGGAAUGUUACAAUCAUUUAGAAGAAGAAGAAAAUGGUCAUGAACAUGAUGGAUCUUCUUCAAAAGAAAAUAGUGCAGCAGAAAAAGUUCGUGCUGAAUUAUAUGAAUGGCGACGUACAAGUGCAAAACGUAUUGAUUUAAUGAGUUUAAUUCAACAAGAAUUAACACAAACAAUAUAUCAAUUUCUUCAUGAUUCAACAAAAUUUCAAGGAGCUACAGAUCGUAUUCAUGCAUUAAUGCAUACACAACAUCAAGCAAAAACUCGAGCAUCAAUACCAGCAACAAAUCAAGAAGCUUGA